AUGAAUAACUCUAAAUGGUGGCUUCUAUUUGCAAUGAUAAUAAUUGGAAUAGGUAAAGCCUUAUCUUUAAAGACCCCUUCACAACCUUGGAUGCUAUUCGCAGAGUGCCAUGAAAAAGACGUUACCGUCAUGUUUCAAGCGAAGAACGGCUCACACAUAAGGAACUUCUUGAUUCAGUACAACACCUCGUACAACAAGGACGAGUGGCUGGACGUUGACCUUGAAGUGCCCAGUAACGCCACGCAGGUCAAAUUGCCUCUGAUUCCGGGAGUCGAACAGAGUUUCCAGGUGAUCGCCGAAAACCGGUUCGGAAGAUCCUUCCCGUCGGAAGUUUCGAAUCCUUGCAAAGGCAAGCCGGAAGUGCCGCACAAAAAUCCAAGCAACGUUACUGCUGAGGUGGACAAUUCCGGUAACUUGGUCAUUCAGUGGAUACCAUUAAAACAAAUAUAUCAUAACGCUCCUCUACUGAUGUACCGCGUAUAUUUCGCCUGUAACGGUGAAAGGAAACAUGUUUACACCGUGAAUGACUGGAGGGUUGGAAGAAUGGUGUAUCCCGGACAGUCUAAGUUGCACAAUUGCGAAGUCCUUGUAUCAAGUCUAAACUCCAUAGGUCACUCAGAUGCUGAACCCGAAAAAAUUAUGUCGGAGAACGAUGCAACUAAAAGACUUGACAGGAACUAUGUUCCGGAUUUUACUUGGGAAUAUGUGAAACGAUACGAAAGAAAUUGCACAAUUGUUGUUAAAACUAUUCCUAGUGAGCUGGAUUGGAAGUACACCGCCUUUUAUUUGAAGUAUAGGAAGAAGUUCCAGUCGGACUUCACCCGCACCGCAUCGGAAUCUAUUAACGGCAACCUGACCAUCACGGGACUUGAAAACAAUGCAUUGUACGAUAUUACACUUGUCGUUGUUUCUAAAGAUAGGAAUCGUUACUCAAAGGUGCAGGUUAUAUCCACGUACGAAAACACUUCUUACACUUCAUCUGGUCCGAUUUUAAAGAAACCCAUUGUAACCAUCAACACCACAAUAACAACAAGCAACUCCACGGAAAACAAAAAAGAAAAUGUCAAGUCCAUCGACACCCAAGAAGCAAAAAAUGAUGCCUUUUGGAAAACAUGUUUUAUCGUAUUCACUGUGAUUUCGUUCUCCUCUUUUACAAUCAUAAUAACCGGGAUUUUCUACAGCAGAAGAUGGGCGAGUUUUUUCCUAGGAUUUGUUGAUGUUGAAAGUGAUGGCAAUUACCAAAAUUACAGUAUUGAACACUUAAGCCGCAUCGAGAACGGACAAAGGGACCUGACCAGACCAGAAUAAACAUUGGAAUAUGAUAAAAUAAUAAAGGAGCGGAUUUUUUUAUAUGGUGAUUUUUCUUGUCAGUUUUUAUAGUCAAAAUGAUUUUUAAGUUUUUGUUUAAACCUAUAAUAAUAAGUUUAUUUUAUUUUUUACUUUUUAUGAUACAUAUUCAAAAUUUAAAUAUUAAGACACUUUUUAUAAUUACUUUAUGUACCAUGCUCCACAACCACAAGCCACACCUUGACAUUUAAUAAUAUAAUAUGUUAUGUUUUUUGUUUUCUAAAUUAAGACAUUUACACAUAAAAAAUACAUAUGUUGUAUUUAUUUCCAGAAAAU